UGUCUGGCCACACAACUCACCGCGAUGCUGCUCAAGCUCGGAUUCUCGCCCGAAGUUCCCUCCUUCUGCUCAUAGCCACUGAUACUGUGCCACUGGGAUCUGGAUCUCAAUACCAGUUAAAAUCGUUUGAGCUGUCGUUCAACGCCGCAAGGUUAGUGAAUCGGCAACGAAUGCAUUUAGUGACCCGAGUACUUCUGAACAUCUAUUUGUAGGUCACACCGUGACGCUCAUUGCUGGGCUGUCAAUCAGUCAUGUCGGCAGUGGCUAUAUCUCAUUCGAGGCUGCCUCUUGAAACAUGGGACAACAUCAUUGAAUGCCUCUGCGAGGAUCGCGAUGACAACGCCGGCACGCUUUUGGCGUGUAGUCUCACUUGCCAUGCCCUGCUUUCUGCCUCCCGACGCCACACAUUCUUUCAUGUCUGUCUCCGCGACACGGCACGCUAUCACUCAUUCAAAUCCCUCAUCAAAGGACCCAACUACGUUGCGCCACAUGUCCGUGCGCUCACUGUCCGUGGGACCCGCUCGAGCGACCGCGAACUCAGGAGGUUCCCGUCCAAUGGACAGUGGCUACACCUUCUUCCGACAUUGACACGCCUCGCACACCUCCGAUUGUAUCAAUUCUCAUUUCUUAUCCCUCGCAAACUGAAGAGCGAUGUAGGCGCCCUCGUUAGAAACUUACGGACCCUGGACCUAACCUUGACUUCAAGCCGAGCAGAGAGCCUCGCAUCGUUGUUACGUGCAUGCGGCGACGGACUGUCGAGUAUCAUACCCCGGUCAGCACCCCGGUCGCUCGAAGACCUGUCGUCUCUACUGUCAACCCAAAACGGCGCGGAUUGCGCUAUCAGGUCGAUAGUGUGGAAUCCUGGCGGUCCCGCUGAUGCGGGACUAUCCACGUCCUUGGCGACACUCACGAAAUGGCUCGAUCAUGGACGGCGAUCCCUCCAGAAACUGGCCAUAGCAUGGAUAGGUUCGAAGUAUACGCCACUGUCGCUCACGCAAAAGCUGCUCAGAGAUUCGGAAAAUUCACUCGAACAUCUGCAUCUCCACUUCGCCGAGUCGAGAGAUGGCCACGGUAGCUCAGCUGCCUUCCUCAACCUCAACGGCAAUACUCGUCUCAAGACACUCCAUAUCGUACUCUACGUCGGUCGGCUGCCUGACGUGACUUGCAUGUUGGCCGCGCCGGCGAGCUCUGUCAAUAUGUUCGUCAACCUUACGUACCUCGUCAUCCGGAUCGUCAUACGAAGAGAUACCUUUAUCAGGAUGGCCAGAGAAUGGCGAACUUUCUGCAAGGAGAUCGACGGCCUGUGUUCCGCUCGGCCUCUCAUCAACUUCGAGUUCCGCCUUGACCUCAGAAUCAGCAUGCACCCCAUCGUGCCGAUCACUCAACUUCCCGAAGACCUUCGAGCUAUGAUGGAGACCAUUGCUGCGCUGUUUGUGGAGGCAACCAGCGGACUGGCUUCAUGCCUCCCGCCACCUGAGAGGACGGGAGGGCGCGUGCGGUUCGGCAUCAUCUGGCUGUGGGGCGGGAACUUGCCCUUUGCUACAGCCUUCGAUAAACAACACUGUCCGCCGGAGUACUUCCUCGGUGAUCCGGAAUGGUAUCGCAGCAACGAAGCUCCCUGGGACUUCCGUAGAGCAUGAUUGCUGCUGCGAGAACGGGAACGGGAACGAGAACGAGAACGAGCGUCGAGAACGAAUGUCCUGGAUGAGUGCGAGGUUAUCACCGGAAGACAUUAUUGGUCACAUGCAUUCCGACAGCACCGCCAGUUCAAACCUAGAAACGCGGUGUCAGGCUGUCAUAGUAUCACCAAUCUACCACCUACUAGUUUUUGCACGUGUAUUUGGGCCGAUGUAACCCAGUUAUACUAUCUUACCUCAUAGAAGAUAAUGCGAG